GGACACUCAGACAGACGCUUGGAUUUACCGCGUGCUUCUUGACUUAUAAAUAUAAAUAUUGUUGAGCUGUAUGGAGUAGCGGCGCCACAUCUGUAGAUCAGCUAUGAAUCUGGGACUCUCUGCAUUUAUGGUCACAUGAACGUCAGCGCUGCAGGCCAGAUGCCGGUGAUGGAGGAGCUUAUCAGUGAGAGCAACGGCAUGGUGGGGCGGAUCUUUCUGAUCUGCUUCCUGUCUCUGGUCAUGCUGAUGAGCAUCCUGGGAAACCUGCUGGUGAUGACGGCCGUCUGCAAGGACCGGCAGCUCAGGAAGAUAAAGACCAACUACUUCAUCGUGUCCUUAGCCUUCGCGGACCUGCUGGUCUCGGUGCUGGUGAUGCCGUUCGGAGCCAUCGAGCUGGUGACGCAGCACUGGAUCUACGGGGACACCUUCUGCCUGGUGAGGACCGCUCUGGACGUCCUGCUGACCACCGCCUCCAUCCUGCACCUCUGCUGCAUCGCCCUGGACAGAUACUACGCUAUCUGCUGCCAGCCGCUGGUCUACCAGAACAAAAUGACCCCCCUGAGAGUGGCUCUGAUGAUCGGGGGCUGCUGGUCCAUCCCCACCUUCAUCUCCUUCCUGCCCAUCAUGCAGGGCUGGAACAGCAUCGGCAUCGACGACCUGAUCGAGCAGCGGCGCCACAGUGAGGGCAGUAACUCCACCUCCUGUAUCUUCAUGGUGAACAAACCGUACGCCCUCACCUGCUCCGUGGUGGCCUUCUACAUCCCGCUGGUCCUCAUGGUGCUGGCCUACCAGAGGAUCUACAUCACGGCUCGAGCCCACGCCCUGCAGAUCAGCAUCUUGCAACGAGCGGGAGGAGGUGGAGGAGGUGGUAUAGACCAUCAACGAAACCACCGCAUGCGAACAGAGACCAAAGCAGCCAAGACUCUGUGCAUCAUUAUGGGUUGUUUCUGCCUCUGUUGGGCGCCGUUCUUCGUCACUAACGUGGUGGACCCCUUUAUAGACUACGCGGUGCCGGAACAGCUGUGGAUCGCCUGCCUGUGGCUGGGGUACAUUAACUCCAUGCUCAACCCCAUCCUCUACGCCUUCCUCAACAAGUCCUUCCGCCGUGCCUUCCUCAUCAUCCUGUGCUGCGGGAGGAAGAGGUACCGCCGGCCGUCCAUCCUGGGGUCCGGAGCGCCCUGCACGGCCACGCAGAUCAACGGCUCCACACAUGUAGUCAAGUAUUCUGUCCUACACAACGGGAACAGCACGGAGCAGAAGAAGACGUUUCUGCAGCCCGUCAUAGAAUCCCGCGAGUCCUGUUUGUGACCAACGGCGACUCUUCAGUCACAUCUCAAAAGACCUACACCGACGGGAACACAGCCUUCACUAAUCCAGAACCAGAUGCUGCAGAAAUCGGAAAAAAUAGUGCCCCAAUGGGACUUUAGGGAUCCACGGGAGGAAGGUGACUUUGCCGUGGAUGCAUCUGGUUUUAAAAGGUGGCAAAGACCCUGAAACAAAAACCAGUUCUCAUGUCUUUCCGAUGCUAUAUCCGUCAAGCCGUCCCACAAAAGACUGAGCGGUCCGGGUCCAAAUGGUUUCAAGACCAGUUUGUCGUGUGGAGAACCGGCAGCUUUCCGGGGAAUGUGUAGGAGAAUUUCACAGCACGAGAUGUGAUAAUGAUUGCCUGGGAGUCGUGAAAGUGAAUUAUGUUGCCAAAGCUAUUUGAUAAUAUAUACAGGGGAUCUAUUUGUGAUUAUUAUAUAAUGCUCCCUGUUGUUUUCCAGUGCAAAAUCAGAACGAUAGAAGGUUCAUUCCUGUAAAACGAGUGGCAAAGUUGGCCAAAAAUGAGCUCAUGAAACAAGUCAUUCCUGGAAAAAAGAGGCAGAGUUUAGAACAAUAUUUCUCUUUGCUGAACAUGAAGUGUUUUAGCCUUGACACAAAGCUGGGGAACCUGACUGCCAGGUCUAAGUUUUCUCUGCUAAAUCCUCAUUAAGCUGAAAGAGAAAUGUGGUUGCAAGGCUGCGGUAAAUCCCUGACCUGAACUGUCGAAGUGCAUUAUAAAAGAGGCUGCUAUAGCUCCGUGUUCAUCGCUCCAUAAAACUCUGUCUGAAUCCUUGUUUCUUUUCCCAAUAAGAAGUUAGAGGAUCAAAACAAGCUGCUCAUGAAUUAUUCAACAGGAGCAAUAUGUGCAGUGUGUGUGCGUGUGCGUGUGUGUGUGUGUGUGUGUGUGUGUGUGUGUGUGUUUGUGUGUGUGUGUGUGUGUGUGUGUGUGUGUGUGUGUGUGUGUGUGUGUGUGUGUGUGUGUGUGUGUGUGUGUGUGUGUGUGUGUGUGUGUGUGUGUGUGUGUGUGUGUGUGUGUGUGUGUGUGUGUGUGUGUGUGUGUGUGUGUGUUUGAAGGUUCUUGCAGUGUUUGUGUGUCUGUAUGUGUGUUUUUAUCCUCCUAAUGACUGAUGUUCGUAUGUAUGAAAUGCUCUUUUCCCAUCAUCCCACACUGUGUUGCCCCCGCUUCAUCUCAGCACACCAUUCAUUUCCUCUGUUCGCUUCGGAGCCCGCGUUAAAGAAUGUACCAGAACAUUUUCCAUGUGUCUGUAUCAUGGAAACUGAAAACACUAAAGCCAACUGCUGAUAAUGAAAAAUGAAAAUCUGCCUUUUUUUUUAAAAGCACAUUUCCUGUCGUACCCGUGUAAAUAGUCCUCUCUCUUGUAGCGUUCAUUCAAGCGCCACAUGAUUAGUAGUUUCCUCCUUUUGAAUACACACAAUUAAAACAAACUCAUUCGCCCAAAAAAAGGCAUUUUUAUUUUGAAAAUAGGAUUACAAAUGGUAUAAUAACUCUCAUUGCCAGAAGGGUAGACAAAGGUCCACAAUGUUGAAAUGUAUAAAAACAAGUUGGAGACCGCAUUCAAUUAAACUGUCAGUUUGCUGCUUAGCUAGCCAACAUAAACUUUCUAGCGAACUAGCAAACAUUAGCUCUCUAGCCAACUAGCAAACAUUAGCUAUCUAGCCAACUAGCAAACGUUAGCUAUCUAGCCAACUAUUUAACGUUAGCUAUCUAGCCAACUAGUGAACGUUAGUUAUCUAGCCAACUAUUUAACGUUAGCUAUCUAGCCAACUAGUGAACGUUAGCUAUCUAGCCAACUAUUUAACGUUAGCUAUCUAGCCAACUAAUGAACAUUAGCUAUCUAGCUUACUAGCCAAGGUAAGCUAUGUGCUUUACAAGCUAGCAAUGUCCUUUAUCUAUCCACAUAGUUAGCUAGCCAACAUUUACUACCAAUCUAACAAACUAGCUAGAUAGCAAAUGCAAGUUAAUUAGCUAGCUAUUGCCAAACAGGUGGCUCUCUUAAAUUAGGAUUAUUAUUUAAUAUCAUACGGUUGAAUUUGAAGUGCGGACCUCUGCUACCGUUCGGGCAGUUUAAUGUAGUUUAUCUUUAAACUGUGGUAGUUUAAAGAUAAACUAAAACAGCAACAAAAAUCUCCUGUUGUUGUGAUUUAUUUGGAUUAUUUCAUCAAUGGUUUCCAUCAUACUGUUGGACUGUUUUUCUCUAACUAAGAAAUACAGACAUGAAAUAUAAAUACACAGAUAAUGUUUUGUUUUUUCAGCCAAAUCCCUGAAGUGAACCCCAAUGAGUUAAUGAGAUGAGAAUGUUGAGCACUGAUUCUCUGGCACAAAGAAAACCCACAGAGCUGUUGACUGGAAACCCUGUGCGGGCGAGGUGAUUACCGAUCCUUCACAGACAUGAGCCCAUUGACCCAGUUUAACAAGUCACAGGAAAUAUCCAAUCUGACAAAAGGACUCCGGCUCUCAUGUUACUCCAGAUACAUAAAUAUGAGCCUCACAGAUCUCAGGUCAGCCGAGACACCCUCUGACAUGAUUUACCCUUCAUUAUGAUUCAAUUACCAUCAUAUAGAGUGGUGCAGUGAUCAUGUGUUUUUUGUAGGCGGACUCUAAUGUUAGCAUUGCAAGGGCUUACUCGUCAAAAAGCAAUGGGACUUUUCAAUUGGAUUUUUUAACUAUGUUGAAAAUAAGAUCUGUGGUUAACACACGGUUACAUACACGUUUAGUUUAGAAGGAUAAUUUCCCCACAUUUACACAACUUUUAUCCUUUUUGAGGCAUAUGCAAAGCUAACGUUAGGCUAUAAAGGAACUAUAGUGCGGUCACAUGACUUCACGUCACCACCGCUAAGCUA